GGACGGUGGGGAGGACGGUGGGGAGGACCUCGAGGAGGAUGAGGGGCUGGGGGGUAUGCCGCAGGAGCUAGACCCGACCCUAGUUUGGUCUCCGCCGGUGGAGGAGGUGUACGUUGCAGCCGAGGAGAGGCUGGAACCACGGGACAAGAAGCCGUAUAGGCGCGGGAUUACGAAACUCCCCAAGCUAAAAACUUGGGCCUUCCGCGAUGUUGUUCUCGUGCCCGCUGGAAAGAGCAUGUUCAAGUAUGGCGACCCGAGGAGGAAGCCGACACGUGAGUACCCGAACAUCCUUGGAGGCAUAAUUAGGAAGCAUUUCCCUGGGAUUGUCAAUCUCCCCUACCGGUGGCCGCGACGUGGCUUGGACUUGGAAGCACUACAGACUACGCGGAAGAUCCUAGCGAAAUACUUCAAGAGGGCUGAGGGCAAGGAAAUUGCGUGCGACGUUAUCUUACACGAGUUGUGCAGGGUGAGGGUGAUCGGCAUGCACUACGAGCACCCUCCUCAGUACGUCGGGGAAGACAGGGCGUGCUUUCUUGCGAUGGUCAUAUGGUGGACAUCCCGCGAGUACGCCCGGAAGCACGAGGAGGGCAAGCGAAGCGUUCGAGAGAUGGGAGGUGGAUCACAUGUCCCGGGCAGCAAGAACUUGGCCCUUACCUUGCAGGAUGAGGAAGUGAAGACAGGCGUGGCACCAAACUUGUUUGGCUUUUUCCAAAAGUCGAAGACCAGGAAGGAGCCGCAUCCUGAAACGGGGUCCUUGUGGGUCAACGACCUAGCGGAGGGCCAGUGUGGCGCGUACCGCUCGAAGUUCAAGGACAAGCACGGCGAAGACGCCGACCCAACCACCGAAGAGUUUGACGUUGAGGUUGCGGUGCUUGCGGGACAAGGCAAGAAGGGUGGCCGCCUAUGGAUUGCUGACGGGUUAGUCGACCCAAGUACCAUUCCAUCUCUACGCCAGAUCCGUCGUGGGCGUACGAGCGAGCAGCCUCGGGUAGAGACCCGCCCACGGGCUUCGGACCUAGCUAUCGAGAAGUUACGGGCGGAGAUGGAAGAAAGGGAACGGAGGCACCAAGAGGAGCAGAUGCAGAUGCAGCAGCAGCUUAGGGAGAACAUGCAGAUGCAGCAGCAGAUGUUGCAGCAGAUGCAACAACAGCAGCAGAUGUUCCAGCAGAUGUUCAUGAACCAGACCGUGCUGACUUCACCACCGGGGAGUAGUGGUCCUAGCACGUCGUGUCCUCCUAUGUUCCCACAUUUUAUCCCCACGCCCGAUCCGGCUGUGAUGGCGCUCCUCCAGCAAGCGCCAAGUCGGAGCCCGCCGACACCUGGCUUGGACCGUCAACAAUACGGGCAUCAUCCGGAGCUCUGCAGCAGCUUUCUAGGGAUUAAUGGGGAAGCAGGGAAAUUCUGGAAUUUUGGCAGCAUCUUUGCCGUGCAUAUGCACACGGCAAAGAAAAAAGCACACGGCAAAGGCCUUCUUUGCCGUGCACACACACACGGCACACGGCAAAGGCCUUCUUUGCCGUGCACACACACACGGCAAAGAGCCUCCAGCUGUGCACUCGCGCUGCGCCUCGUGUGCUGGUCUGUUUCUUUGCCGUGCGGGGUGUUGGCGAAGCACACGGCAAAGCCGACCCUGUGCCGUGCGGGUUGGAGGCGGAGCGCACGGCAAAGAACGCCGCACGGCAACAAUUUCAGACGCACGGCAAAGAAAUCUGCACGGCAAAGUAGGGAUAGCGCACGGCAAAGCAUGGUUGCACGGCAAAGGCCUUUGCCGUGCCACUUGCCCGCGGCGCACGGCAAAGUCCUCUUUGCCGGGCGGCUCGUUGCCGUGCAGUCUUUGCCGUGCAAGCCCGCACGGCAAAGGCGUUGCCGAGCAGAUUUUGGCCUUUGCCGUGCGUUUCGGCUGCACGGCAAAGCACUGUUGUGCCGUAGUGACUCGUAUGGGUUUCCUCCCCGCCAUAUGAAAUUUGAUCCAGUGGAAAGUGUAUGA